CAAUAUCCGUGCCGCAAGCCAAAGGUGCCGCCGGGUUGGAUGAAAUCGUUACAGGGAAUAAUAAAGCGAAACCUGACCUAGAAGAGGAGCGACAAAACCGUCCCAGGUCUCUUCCCAGCCCGCAAGACGUCGACCAAUCAACCGACGCAGCCAAGGACCUGGCUCCGCCGGACGACUCCACCGCACGGGAACGCCCGUCCCCACCCGACGUGGCACCGGAUCAGGACGACGGGUCGACAGAUCCAGGUCAACAAGAGGGCAGCAGUAAUGGAGGGGAUCGUGGGCCGCCAGUAGACCAGCAAGAAGAUAAAGGUGCCGAGGGCUCCGGGCAAGAUUAAAACAGACACUUGCGU